AUGAAGAUCAUCAAAGGUCCUGCCUCCCUCUCUUUGACAGUGAGCACCAGUGAGGCCAAAAUGGAGGUCCACGAGAACACAGACGCUGUGCUGUCCUGUCAGUUCAAGACAGAGAAGGAGACUAACCCUCGUAUUGAGUGGAAGAAGAAAGGGAAGGACAUCCACUUUGUUUAUUUCGAUGGAAAAUUCACCGGAUCCUUUGCAGGUCGGGCCAAGAUCGAGGGCGCAACGGUGACACUGCAUGCCGUUACCCAGAAGGACUCUGGGUUGUAUCGCUGUGAGGUCAGCGCACCAGCAGACCACACAAACCUAGGAGAGGUCAAUGUCACCCUCAACGUACUGGUGCCCCCCCACACCCCGUUCUGUGAGGUGCCCAGCUCAGUGCUGUCUGGGGCAAGUGUAGAGCUCCACUGUAAGGACAAACUCAGUGUGCCCCCGCCUACCUUCCUCUGGUACAAAGACAACAAGGCCCUGAGCGCCACACACACCCCUGACAUCGUCUAUAGCAUGGACACUGACACGGGAACACUGAAGAUUAAGAGUGUGUCCAAGGCCGACUCAGGCCAAUACCGCUGUGAAGUCUCCAAUCGCGUGGGGGCGUCCAAAAGCUCUGUGGCCCAUCACAUGAAGGUCAUAGAAUAUCCGUUGAGCAUGACGACACUGAUAGCCGGAGUUGUAGGCCUCUUCCUGCUCAUCCUCAUAUGCUGCCUGGAUGUGUGUCUCCCAUUGACAGGGCUGCUGAAAAAAGGGUGA